CGUCGCACGGCCUCACAAGCACAAUGGACGCUCCUUUACAGCUUCAACAGCGAGAUCAGGACGUGCCAGUCGUUGUUUCAGAAGUCGUCGUUUGGUCGGGUAGCCAGUCGACGUUCUGAUCUAGUCCACCUUAACAGCUUUCAAUUGAUAAAGAUCGUCUCCCUUUCUACAUAUAAGCGAGUGCUUAAUGGCUCAUUGAGCCUCAUCGCCCAAUAUGUAUUCAACAACUUUUGCGCUAUUGGCGUUGUCGAUAGCCUUAAUACGCCCUGCAUAUAGUCAAGAGUGCUUCGAAGAUUGUGCUAGUACAGUGAACGCAUCUACAUUCAUCAUUAUUUUCGUGGUUAUCGCGGUGGUCGCCAUUGUGCUAUCAAGUAUAAUUGCUCUAGUCAGGUAUCGGCGCAUCAAACAGUUCCAACGUGAUCUAGUACAGCAUGCUACCUUCGAAGCCUCCACUAUACCGACUCCUUAUGCCAUACCGGAGUCGAUACACUUUGCCCAUCACCACCGUGCACAUCACCAUGCUCACAUGGACAUGAAUAUGCAGAAUAUGCAAACUAUGGGUAUGACGGGAGGAGGAGGAGCAACAAUGGCUGGCUAUUGAAUAUCGAAUGCUGCCAUGACUAUAUGUACAAUCCUGCUGUACUUCAGUUAUCUUGCGACAUGCGA